GGCCUAUAACUCCUAAAACUUAAUGAGGGACAGCUUUAAGAGUGAUUCUCACAGCAUUCAAAUAACACAGUCUUUAAAAUCGGAAGAAUGGAUGAUCUUGCACCAAUAUCUGCUCAAGAAAGAGCUAAACGAUCAGUAUUUGUUGGAAAUAUUCCCUAUGAAGCUACAGAAGAAGCAUUAAAGGAAAUUUUCAUACAAGCAGGACCUGUAGUCAGCUUCAGGUUAGUAUAUGACAGAGAGACUGGUAAACCAAAGGGUUAUGGUUUCUGUGAGUACCAGGAUGUUGAGACAGCACAGAGUGCACUACGUAACCUCAACAAUACAGACUUCAAUGGGCGCCCUCUACGUGUGGGGGUAGCGGCUGGAGAAUCUAACAAGGAUGAAAUGGCUGGUAUGCAGCAAGCUCUUGGUGGGCCGAUUCUUGAAAGUCCCUAUGGUGAUCCAGUAGAACCUGAGAAAGCUCCAGAAGCCAUAUCUAAAGCUGUGGCCAGUCUGCCGCCAGAACAGAUGUUUGAACUCAUGAAGCAGAUGAAGCUGUGUAUCCAGAACAACCCGACAGAGGCUCGGAACAUGUUGUUACAGAAUCCCCAGUUGGCAUACGCACUGUUACAGGCUCAGAUUGUCAUGAAAAUUGUUGACCCUCAAGUUGCCAUGGCGAUGUUGCACAGAGAUAGUUCUCAGGUACCACCAGCAGGUAGUACAGCACCUACACCAGCAACAUCACAACCACCUGUACAACAGGCUCCCAUUGUUCCACCACAGCCUCAAACAUCAAUGCCUGAUGCCUCAAUGAUGGGUGGUGGGCGUGGUCCAGGGGGUUUGAUGGGUAAUGUGCCAGUAUCUCAAGGUCCAGGAGGCCCUGCUGGAAUGAUGGGAGGCCCAAGAGGUCCUGGAAUGAUGGGUGGCCCAGGACCGCAAGGUAUGGGAAAUAGACCACAACUGUUUCCUAUACAAGGAAUGGGUGGCCCUGGUCCACAGAACAUGGGCGGUCCAGGCCCACAAAACAUGGGUGGGCCGGGUCCACAGAACAUGGGUGGUCCAGGACCCCAGGGCAUGGGUGGUCCCGGCCCUCAGGGUAUGGGUGGUCCUGGUCCACAGGGCAUGGGUGGUCCUGGUCCACAGGGCAUGGGAGGGCCUGGCCAGGGACCACCACAGAGGCCAGACUUUGGAAGAGAUCCUAGGGACCCAAGGUUGAUGGCGCAGGGUGAUACAAGAGGCAUGCCAGCAGGUCCUAGACCAGUGAUGCCACCAGCCAGUAUAGCUUCUUCACAAGGCAUGAUGCAAAAUUUAAUGCAGGGAGGUCUGCCCAACAUGGCAGGUAUGAAUCCUCAGAUGCUAGCAGCUGGAGGUGGAGGCCCUGGAGUGACAUCUCAAGACCAAGAAAAGGCUGCCCUGAUAAUGCAGGUGCUACAAUUAACAGACCAGCAGAUUGCCAUGUUACCUCCAGACCAGAGGCAGAGCAUUCUUAUAUUAAAGGAACAGAUCUCAAAAAAUGCAACAUGAUCUUGUUUCAUUUUAAUGUCAUUAUAAUACACUUCCAUUCAGUUCUCAGUUUUUCAUUGAUACUUUUAAAGUUGUGGGUUAUCUACAAAACAGAAUUGUAAAGAACAUAGAGAUGUUGUGAUUUCAGUACUUUUGUCACAUCUGCCAAAUAUUACAAGUUCAUAAUUGAAAGUUACUUCAAAAUUGUAUCAAACUGUUAAUUUUCUGAAUUUUGACAUCCCAGGUACAAUGUAAAUACUGAGGUAAUGAAUAAAAUCCUACAUUACAAGUCUGAAAUCACAACCUCUUGUAUGAAAGGCGAUAUACAUGUUAACAAACUAGGUUCGUGUACAAUGAGAUAUUUGUGUUUUGUAAUCCUUCUUAGCACUUAAUUUUAUAUUACAAUAAUGCAAUUUAUUUUUUGAAUUUCUUCAUUAUGCAUAUAUAAAGUAAUAUAUUAGUGAAGAUAGCAUCUUAUCUUUCAUUUUGAAUAUUGUAUCUUGGAAUUCCUCCAGAUCAGAACCUGUGAAACAUGGAAACUUUUCUCAAACUUCUUCAGAUUGUGAUUUUAGUUAUAUGCAAAUAUUCACAGACUAUGUCUGGUGAAUUUAUUUUGUCAUGAAUAUCAAAUGGUAUGAUUUCCUGAAAUAGCAAGGCUGUCAACUGUCAUAUCACAGAAUAAAAUUGACAGUAAUAUAAGGUUAUUUGUUAUUUAUAUUGCUCUGUAUACACUUAAACUUCAUUUGCACAAACUUGACACAACUUAAUUUGAGUUAUCGGUAGUUUGAGCAUUGGAACAAUAUUCAUUAUAUAGGAACUUUAAAGGGACUUGCUGAUGCAUUCAAGCGAGGGUGAUGUUCAAAUUAUCUGAGUUUGAGCGAACAAAAUUUGACUGUAUUAUUGAAAUAUAUUUGGACGAAUACCCAGCUGAAAA